CUUGUUUAUAUAGAUAUGCUUGUCUUAUACCUCUAAAACUUCAUGUUGGGAGGCUGUGGUUUGUCUCAGUUCAGUCUAAAUUUUCAUUAACUUUUGGCUCUAAAUUAAAAAAAUAAACACAUUAUAGCUGAAAUCUUUAAUAGUUUAAUUGUGACUCCAUGAAUGAAUUUAAUAUCAAGUUAAGAGUGGGGGGUUAUAUGAAGGGUCAUUUGGCAUUUAGCAGUCUGAUGGCAAGGGGGAAGAAACUGUUUGUGAAUCUGGCUGUUCUGCAGCAGAUGCUACAGAACCUUCUGCCAGACGCCAGGUGGGUGAACAGUCCAUGGUUGGGGUGUGUGGGGUCAGAAAGGAUCUGGCGGGCUCUGGAUAAGCAGCGGCUGUCCGCAAUGUCUUUGAUGUGGGGGACACGAACACAUUCACACACAGGCCUCCAUACCAUCUGUAUUAUCCACAGUAAAUAAGUAGUCCUCCAUGGAACUUAAAGUCACAUGAUCAUGAUAGCUAACUGAGCUGAUGUUAUGUGAUGUUGGCUGUAUCUAAAUGAAAUCCAACCUGUAGUGAAAAAUGGCAGCAACAGGAAGCGGUCAAAUGCUGGCAGUUGGUGUAGGUAAGUUUUUGUUUACAUUUUACAUUUUAAAGAAACUAGAAUAAAACAUGUUUUCAGUUAUUUCACACUUUUUUUUAUGAUUACAAAAUUCCACAUGUUCAUAGUUUUGAUGCCUUCAGUGAUAAUCUACAAUGUAAAUAGUCAUAUAAAAAAUAAAGAAAAGACACUGAAUGAGAAGGUGUGUCCAAACUUUUGGCCUGUACUGUAUAUUUGAUCAUACAGAAAGCAUCACUCAUACAUACAAAGAAUUAAAAAAUGUUCAUUUAAAAAAAAAAAAUUGAUUGCUCUUGGAGGCCCCCUAUUGGCUAUGGGGCCCUAAGCAGGCGUUUAGUUGGCUUAUGCCUUGGGGUACAGGUAGCACCUGUGGUCUGUACUGGGAGAGCAAAGACAUCUUAGUUCAUCAUCAGGUUCCUGCUUAUCAGUUCAAUGUCACACUGAUGGGGAAACAACCUGUGAGUGAAAUUAUAGCAUUCAUUCAAGGCCAUACUUCUGCUUUCCCAUGCUUAUUAAAAAGAAACAGAUGUAACCCUGCAAGUAUUCACACCAAGUGAUUUUCAGUAAAUGAUGAUUAACAUACGUAUAUAGUGAUAAAAUACACGUGUGAUUGCAUACACAUACAAUUAUUCUUUCAUAAAUGUAUUACUUUUAAAUUUCCCACACUUAAAAAAGCCCAGGAAAGAAACCUAGAAGUCUGGUUCCUCCACAUGGUGCACUUCCCCUACUCCGACUGCAGGGGGCGUCAGACUGUCUAUGAGCAGCGUCCACUGAAAGCUGGUCAAAGAGCGCCACCGCUCGCUGAUACUCGCACGAAUUUAUCUCCCCUCCACAUCAGGUCCCCUUGACUGUCUCCUUCACAGUGGGCUUUGCAGGCAGACACAGCUGACUUUCAACCGAGCUGGCCGCUGUCCUCGCUGUCUGUCGACUACAGGGACCUUGCAAUGAUCUCGCUGGACUUCAAUUUCAACAUUUUGACGAGAGACCUGUCGCAUUAUUUAGAAAAUCAAGUGAAAGUUGGGCUGUUCGGUUCGGGAGUAGGACUGUCUCUGGUGUUGGGCUUUAGCGCGGCAUACACCUGCUACUAUUUGCUUUCAGUAGCGAAGGUAAGCAAAGCGGAUGUAUGGGCUGUGACUAUGUAUGGACUAUUUAAUCGUUGUUAUGUUUCAUUAUUUUAAAACCGGCUCUUCUUCUUGUGGAGGCGCGUCGUCGCUGCCUUCUUGCCUGUAAGGAUCCUCGGUUGACCGGUGUAUCUCAGUCUAUGGUAUAUUUACUGAUGGAGGGUCUGCGUCUCUCCACUGUUGGGCUAAUGUUACACGCCUGCACAGUCAGACAAUUUCAUCAGAAUAUAUAAAUAGAAGCACACAGCGUUUGCAUUAAUGUGCAGCACUUAUGUAACAACAAUAACCCCUCAUUAAAAGUGUGAAUGUCUGCAUUGAGGAAGCUAGGCUAACCUGACUGUAUGUUAGCUGAAAUGCCGGUAGGUUGGAUCAUAUGUAUGCAAAUAGACUCACAAUGACAUUGCUGUGCAUUAGGUAAGCCCUUGAGUAGAUUUGACGUUUAUGGUUGAAUAUAAAAUAUGGAAAAAAGAAGAACAUUAUUUAUAAAUAUAACAAACAGUUUAAUUUACUGGUUGAGUCUUCACUUUGUUGACAUUGUCCUCAAGUGGAGCCAACAAAAUGAGCAAUAAACCAAAUUAUGUAACCACAAAAAGAAUAAAUAUGCAGUCAAAUUAAGUCAAUUAAAUGAUUUAUUUAAUCAUUUAGGGUUAAUGUAUUUUUAUUUUUAUUUAUUUAUUUAUUUUUUUACCUAAAUUUUAUUUGAACUUUUUAAACCUAACAGGAACAAAGCAUACCGUCAUUCAAAGACAAAUAUAGGAACAAACAAACACAAAACAUGGUGUCUUUCACCGAGAAGAAAAUUAAAUUGUCCAUGUAGCCUCUAUCAAAGUUGUCAAUUUUUUAAAGUAAUGAGAGGAGAUUUAUAUUUGAUCCAUUUUUCCCACGUUCGGGUGUUUGUUUCUUGCUGGAGUUGUAGAGCGUGUGUUAGUUUCUCCAUUUCAUAUAGUUCUUCCACCGUGUCCAGACAGUUUUCCGAUUCUUCUUUGGUGCUGCAAGGAGUAUUUCAGUCAAGUUUCUGUUUUUAGUUUUUUUGUUUUGCCCAGGUACAUUACUUCGAAGGUCAUGGGGAGCUCAUAACCUAAUAUUUUUCUUAUUCCUUUGCUUAUUUCUUCCCAGUAGUUAGUUAUUUUCUUAUGUAUUUCUGACUUUUGAGAUAAAUAAGUAUGAAUGCUUGUUCAUACAGAUAUGCUUGUCUUUUACCUGUAACACUUCAUGUUAGAAGGCAGUGGUUUGUCUCAGUUCAGUCUAAUUUUCCAUUACAGCUGAAACCUUUUAUUAGUUUAAGUGUGAAUUGCAUGGAUAAAUAUAAUGUCACCUUAUGAGACUUCCUUAACAUGUCUUAAAGUUUAGAAAUAUUGUAUAACAGUGAUGUUACUGCCCUCAUAUUUGAAAAUCUAACUUUUCUUCCAGCUCAAACUUAUGCCACACUUUCUUCUCCUUUAUUUUGUAGAAGCCACAGCUCAUCUCUGGGGGUAAGAAGUUCUACCAGUUUUUGAGGGAGCAAUGCCCGGUGGUGACAGAGACCUACUACCCCACCUUUUGGUGCUGGGAGAGCCGCAUCCAGACUCUGCUGAGACCCUUUGUCACAGCCAAACCCGGGGUCGUCUAUAGAAAGUAAGUCCUUAGCUUCAUCACACUGCACCUGGUUCAGUUUUUACUAUAACUUUUUUAAAGAUUUGUUGAAAAUGCUACAUCAAAUGCAAAAAAGAGAAGUUUGGGUUUGACAUAGUCAGAGUAAAUAAGGAUUUAAUACGUCAGCAGGAGUUCUACAGUAAUAAAAUACCACUGUCCUCCUUGAGAAGCAUUUGUGAGAAAUUUCAAAAAUGUGCUUGGGUAGUUGGAAACUUCCAUCGCCUAUUUCUUUAAGUCUUUCUUCCCAGUUUCACAACUGGAGACAAAUCCCAGUCCUGUUCUGAGCAGGGAUUCAAGAGCUUAGAGGAGAAAGGGAUCUUUGUGAACUGUUGCUGGCUCAGGCUGCUCUGCCUGCACCCUGAUAAUGUACAUUCUGUCAAAAAUUAAUUGGCCCUGCAUUCCUCGCCCCCUGCGUACAUAAAGCAGAUUACAAUUACUUAAUUAAGAGGGACUUAUUUUUCAUUUCCACCUGUUAUACAACUAAACUUUCGCAUCAUUUAUCACAUCCGUUUGGACUUUUUCAAACUUGCACAGUUUUCUCUUCUUGAAUUAUGUAAUACUGGUGUAUGGACACAAUGAAAAUUGUUCAUGAAGUGGGUGAUUUGUAUGGUGUGCAUUGUUUGUGAGCCUAUAAUUGAGAAAAGAUCAAGGAAAUGUGCUUUUGUUUUGUCCACUCUUAGAUUAAAAUGUGAAAUUUAAACAGAAAACCCCAAAAUAUAGACUUUAAAAAGGUUCAUUUAGAUAUUCGGAUUCACAAAUAUUCUAAUGUUUAAUCAAAAAAAUAUUAGUACUAUUAUCAGUAUUAUAUUGUUGCAUUAUAAAGCUGAAGUUCUCUUUGCUCAAUUGGGACAGUCGAGUUAAUCCAAAAGGUCUUCAUUCACUCUAUAGUCCUGGUAUCUUCUUGGUAGCGUAGCAACACGGUGCCAUUCUCUGCAUUACUAUCACAUUUCCUCCAGGGACAAUAGGACGCCCCCUCUUCCUAAUGAAGUUACCUAAGGUUGACCCAAGGACAGGCGCUGUGAAAACGGACUUAUUUGUCAUUGGCUGUCUGGGGUGAAAUUCCACUCAUCUUGUCCGCUCCGAGGAUUAGCAGAAGGUCUCCUCCCACUUUGCGUACUGGUCACUGAGGAUUGGCCCCGGCUGACUUUAAAGUCUGGCCCCAGGUGCAUAUUUCAUGCUGGUUCUGUAAUUUCAUGCUGAUGUCUUUACCACUGGACUGGACAAGUUGGUUCACUGCCUGCUGUGUGUGUGUGUGUGUGUGUGUCCAUUACAGGCUUCUAAGUGCACUAUAGAGCUGGCAUUGAAUGACCUCAUCUGCUUGGUGAGGGUUAUAUAGCCUGAAAAUUGAUCGAUUAUGAGAGCCCACUGCUGCAGUGCCAUUCUCCACAUUUUAACCUGUGUGAUGAUGCAAAGCACACUGACAAGAUGAUCACAGGGGGAACAAGGCGGCUGACAGUGAUCGUUGUACUCGCAUAUCUGAUUCCCUUUUGGCAACGCUUGCGGUGGAUCCAAUGAAGUAAUCGCUUUACCUGUAAUUGAAGAGAGGGAAUUAAUUGGGCGGGGACUUGAACCAGAUUAUUUUUAUUGACUACUCCAAAGCAGAUGUAAGAUAUGUGUUCAGUUGUCAAAACUCUCCUGUGACGGUGUUUGCAUGUGUUCAGACAGGAUGAAUAUAUAUAGAUAAAUAAAGAUACAGAUCUUUGUUGCUGAGUUGCGUGUCUGCUCUGUCUCCGCAGUGAGCUCAUUAAGGCAGCAGAUGGAGGACAGAUCUCUUUGGAUUGGUUUGACAACGAUGAAAGCUUCGCUCAUCCCGACCCCGCCACCAGGCCCACUGUCCUCCUCCUCCCCGGUUUGACGGGCACCAGCCGAGAGUCCUACAUCCUGCACAUGGUCCAACAGAGCCGGGAUCUGGGUUAUAGGUGGGUGGUCUUGGCAGGACACCCUGGAUGAGAUUCCAGAGCCGAGGGACAAACUCAGGGCACUAAAUCACACAGCUGACACUCUCCUCAGCUUGUGCUGUAAUUUUCAAGCCAUGUAACACACAGAAAAUCUGUCCAGUUAAAGUCCGAAUAUCACAGACAUCUGUCAAAAGGCAAAUCCUGACGCACACUUUUUAGUCCCGAUUUUGUAACUUUUACAUAAUGGGUGCAUUAGGGUCUUGGGGUGAUUUCAGGUGAUGUGCACAAAUAAAGUGUGCAGCCAAGCUCUCUGUCAAGAGCUGCUUUCGUGAAUAGCCAAACGUAGCACAAGCUUGAAGAGCUGCAGAGCGAGGCAGUUUCUCUACCCCCUUUCUCCCUCUCUCCAACAAGCCCUUUCUCUGUGUUCUCUGCACUCAUUCUUUCACCCAGAUUUGGGAAAGCAUGGGAAGAGAGCCGGCAAACUCAGCAUCUUCCAACCCCUCACCCCUGUCUGUGUAGCUUAAUGAAUUACAGCUUAUCCCGGUACAAGCUUUGCAGCUUAGCCCCAGACCAGCUUCCGAGUCUAUGCUGCAGUGUGUGUUUAAGCGGCCCCCCACACACACUACCACCACCUCCCGAGUCCUCUUAGUCAAACACCCCCGUCCAGCCCCGCCCUGGUGCUGAGUUACACCGAUAAAAACUGCAAGUCUGACUCCAACAGAUAAUGGAUGACUGGAGAGAGAUGAGGGGCGAGGAGAUGCCUUUGCUCUGUGGAACAAACACAAUGCUCUUCACACAGCUGGUCCCUUUCUGCACACCUCAUCAUAUUCCCACUUCAACUUUUAAAAGUCGGGAACAUUUGUUUACAGGGAUUUAGGCCACUGUGUUCUGUUGAACAUGCACAGGUGGUAACUUGUAGUGACAACAAAAAAUCCCCAAAACAACAAGCAUAAGCUGAAAAAAGCUCCUGAGCACAUCAAAUCUUUGUGGACAAGUUUUGUAUUACGAAACAAACAACUGACUUAAGGGCGGUAUUAACUCACAGGUUAUCUUCUUUAUCCAGCAAGUCAACAACAGAACUUUUUUAGAGUCUCACAGUGUGUUUAUAAAGCAUCCUGAAAUUAGAAUAACAUUUCUGAAGUUUGCUUUGUUCAUCAGAAAGAGAUCCUAAUAUUUUUAGCAUCUUGAACCACUGACACAGGGUAAAUAUCAGUCAAAACAUUUUAUAGCACCUGUCCAAAAUUGGCCUUUUUAAAAAGAAACUUUUUCUGUGGGAGUGCUGUGUUUCCAAACAUUUGAAUGAGAUUAUAAUGGUAAAAAAAAGUUACUUUUUAUUCAAGAGUGAAUCAGCUGAGAUAAGAGGUACUGAUUUAUCCACAGGGGUGCCAAAAUCCAUAUAAAAAUCUAUAUUGACAAACAAAUCAGUGCAGUUUGUUCAGUUAUAUGAUAAAAAAUCAAGGGUCUGGUUGUGUCUUUUUACUUUGUUUUUUGCUCAACUUUUCAACAAAUGCAAAUGCCCAUAUAAGGGUGAAACAACACUCAUUUUCAAGGUAGAGUUUCCAGGUCUAAACUAUAUUAUAUACUCCAUUCCUGUUGGACCGGAGAGGGGGGUGGAGGGUUUUUUUUUCUUUUCCUUAUUUUCUUUUUGUGUUUUGUUUCAAAAAAAGUAAUUAAUAAUGAUUGUAUCCUACCCUAAUUUGCAAUAAAAAUAAAAUAUUUGAUCACAAAAAAAAAACUUUGUCAACGAAUGCAAAUGCCCGUAUAUAGGGCUGAAACUUACUAAUUUUAAAGGUAGAGUUUCCAGGUCUAGAGCUGCUGUUAAUUCAAUGGCACAGAUUCUAUCAGUUGAUUUUACAUUUGCCAUGAAAUAAAAGCAAAUUUGCAACAUACAGAGCAUUUAAAAAAAUGGUGGUCCCUACAGAGGAACGCAGAAUGCUACAGGAUAACUUGUGUAACCUAGCAACAGUAAGUGCCAGUGAGAAGCACCCUGGAAUUGAGGUUGUAGGCGCUCACAGUGUAGAAAAACACAGUUAGUGGACACAGCACUGAAACAUGCAAUAAAUUCAAAUGUCUCUAAAGGACUAGCAACAAAUGUUGAUUUUCUGGAUUUUAUUGUGAACUCCUGCCUUAAAAACAACAAGUCAUAAUCAAAGAGAAUAACAACAGCUUGAUAUCUUCAUUUUAGAGACAGAAAAGUGGAACUUUUUUGAGCACUUCAGCAUGUAAAUAUCAUGUAGGAGAGUCCAAUAAUUUCUACAUAUCUGUGUUUUUCUCUUCCAGAUGUGUGGUGUUCAACAACAGGGGGGUUUCUGGUGAAACGCUGCUGGUAAGAACCGCCUGUGUCACUUUAACCUGUCACACUUUGUUAUUUCAUCCCUCCAUUUGUCUCCUCCGCACUCAGAAAGACAGACAGCGCGUACCAAAUACAAAGAACUGUUCAGGACAGUUGGUUUUCCCAUUAGUCAGUCUGACAGCUUCCCAGCUGAGUUGUCCUUUUCACUGCUUCGACCAGCGCGGAGCACGUCAGCUCCACACGUGUCACAGAGUCCGCAGGGAGCCCGAGCAGACGCUGCACACACAAUGUUGUUACACAGCGGGGAUUAAGUUGCAGCCAGAUACUGUAUUUUAAUGCCGAUCCACAGAAAUAUGACCUCGCUGAGCACGUGCUGUUCUGACACCUGGUCUAAUCUGUCCUCUUACACACCCGGGUGUAUUUAGCCGACAGAAUGGACCCGAGCUCUGAUCGUGCUUAGCAUGCCUGCUGCGUUUAUAUCCCUCCCUCUCUGUAUGUAUAUCUCCACUUUAUAACAGAGGCACAUCCUUUAUGGCAGCUGUAUCGCCCUGGUCUAAUCAUACCAUCACUCCCAUACAGAGAUCUCAUCCUAAGCACAAGUGGAGUUUUAUUACAGACAAUCAAAUCUAAUGUUCCAUUAUGUGGAUAUAAAUCUGGAAUCGCUGGCUGAUCUGCGUCCUUCUGUUGCGAAAUUCUAUACCAGCCUCAGUUUUAGUUGAUCCAGAAUAACAUAAAAGUGACAAUAAUGCAAAGAGUAACACCAUCUAAUCAGAUAGUAUUCUAGGUCAAACGGACUAUUUAGUUUGCUCAGCUGUCCCAGAUGAAAAAGAAGUUUAAACUCUGUAACCUUGGCUCCAAAUCAAAUGUUGGUGGAAAGAAGGGAAUUGUUCUAUAUUUGAUGCAAAUGAUUCAGCAUUUGUACGCUCCUGUGAGUGUUUUCUUUGUGCCCACGUAGUGUGAAUAUCUUCCAGUGUUCAAAUAGGCCAGCGCUUUAGAAUGACCCACUGUGUGAAAGAUGCCCCCUGCCUCAAAGACUGUCCAGAGUGCCAGCGCCUUGUUUCUGGACCUCGUUAAAACCCUGUUACAUUACACUUUUCCUGCAGAGAUGCUUGGACUGUGCCAGGAAUCGAAGUCUGCAGAAUUAUUCCCCCAGAAUUCUCAGUGAAUCGUUUUUCUUUUUAACAUCUUUAUGUACCGACAUUUGCAAGUUUUUUGUUAUUUCACAGCAAGGUCUGGCAAGAGCAAAGAAAAACAGGAAUUUACUUUGCCCGGGUGUCUGCUUGAAUCUUAAUGGAGGGUUUCAAAAAGCUGCAGAGUCAACAGCAUCCUGAAAAACCAGACUUGUUACACAGGCUGCUUUGAAUUUAAGAUGCUGCGCUUUGUAAUGUAAAGUAACUUGCUAUGCCUAAUUAACCGCAGACAGAGUAAGGUCUUCAUUUGUAUCUGUAUACACUUCCAUAUACACUAAAACAAAUUGCAGCUUUGUGUCAUUAGAGGAACAUUUACACUGCAAGUUAAAAGGAUUUAAUAAAAUCAGUGCAGGUUACAGAGUAAAAUGAGUCUGAUCAUGCUUUUGUACACACCUCUGAAGUUCAGUAAAUGUCUGGAGUGAUGCAAAUGAUGGUAACAUCAGAUAUUAGUCAGAAAUUGUCCUUAAACAAUUAUCCAAUUAUCCUAAAAAGAGUGUCAGUAAGAAUGACAAGGUACUAUUUGGGAGAAAGAUACAAACACAUCCUUUUUCCAGCUUGAGUGAGACUGUGUGCGGGAGUUCCUUCUACUCUAAAGCCCGGAUUGCACGUAUAUAGAUAAUUAUUUAUCAGGAUAUUUUUGUACUCCCGUCUAAAUAAAUGUAUCUGUCCACACGUGUUAGUUCUCAAAAAUAUCUGCGUCCACACGUAGCCUUCAAACUCAAUCAUAUCUUGUGCCGCUUAAAAAAAAUUCAGGAACAAAGCUACCUGAUUGGCCGAUGAAUCGUAACAGCGUGAUGCGUCAUGCAUUGUUUGCGGAAGCUACGCUUGUGCGUCGGGUCUAUGUGCUGGUGUGGCGGCUAUAACAAAGCAGACGCCUCUGUGAGCUGGCUGACUGGUGAAUGUAAUUGUAUAAUACAAGGUUCACUUGCAAGGCUUAAAGUGGCCCCAAAUGGGCAAAACAAACGUAAAGAAUACCCUGUAUGUCCGCCAUCGUUGUUGUUGUUUUUCUUUUUAAUUCGCAUGCGCGAACUGCGGUUUGACGUCAUCGAUCCGUAAAAGUUCAACCACACGAAUCCACUUAUACGGAUAUUUUUUUUUAUUUCUCCACUUGUUUUUUCGGAUUCAUAUUAAUCCGGUUUAAGUGUUCCAAACUCCCGUUUUGGUGUGGUAGGGAGGCCUAAUCGGACAUAAAUAUGUACGGUUUGAAAUACAUCCGCAUUCGUGUAGUUGGGGCCUAAGUUUUUUGUCUGAUGCACCUGUCGUCUAGCCAGGUGCAGAGAAGUUCUCCUCAAGCAGUUUUCUCUUAUGAAGACAUCACCAUAAACUGAGAAUGUGCACAUGUGGAAGCUGACUGUUGUUAAAGUUACACAAUGUGCCAGUCUGCUCUAUUUGUCUUUUGAUAACAAAUAGAGACUGUCUGUUACAUGAUGAACUAUAAGCUCAUUGUGAACAUGUGUGUGUGUCUAUAGAUACUAUAUGUCUCGUUAUGUCACCUGUCUACUCUAUGAUAGUUUUUUUUUUUACAACAUAUGUCUUUAAAUAAUCAACCAGGAUGGUCCAAAAGUACAAUAAAGGUUAAGCUGUUCUGUUUCUCUCAGAGGUAGACGACAUAGAUGUUACAUUUCCAAACCGAAGUUGAGUUUAGCUGAUACUUUUUAAGAGGUUUAAUUGCCCAGAUUUUAAGUCGUCUAAAUAGAAGCCAUGCUCAUUAAAUUUUAUUGUAAUUUUCAGCUAAAUACUUUGGUUAAAAAUGAGAAAAAUUCAUGUUCGACUUUGUAACUUUCUUGUUUCACCGUCCCACACAGACCCCGAGGACCUACUGCGCAGCCAACAUAGAGGAUCUGGAGACUGUCAUUGAGCACAUCCAGAAGAAUUAUGAAGCUGCUCCCAUCAUGGCUGCUGGAGUAUCAAUGGGAGGGUAAUGAAGCCGCACAUUUCCAGCUGCUUAGGACUUAAUGUGCUGAAGAAUAAAAUGCUAACAAAUCUCAGAAUAUGGCAAAAAACUUUAUGAGACAUCUGCAAACAUUUGUUAACCUGAAACUAAGCACACACAUUUUUAUACCUAUGACAUGAUAAAAUUACACAUGUGUCAGAUUUUUCUAAUGCUAAAUAUCCACAGUCAUAUCAAGUACUGGCUGGGCUUAAAUUUGGUCCAGUCAGCAGAGAAGGUGUUUUUUUUUUUGCGCUGCACUAAUCCUAUGAAGUGAAGGAUUGGUCAGCAAUGGAUCAUGUCCCAAUCCCUGUUUUUACCCAUCUGUCCCUUCCUCUCACCCUCUCUCUCUAAAUUCAGGAUGAUGCUCGCCAACUACUUGGGCCGCAAGGGCCGGGAAACCUGUCUGAAAGGGGUGGUGGUCUUCUCGGCGGGCUGGGAUGUAUUCGAGUGCACCGCUUCGCUGGAAAAACCCUUGGACCGCUUCCUCUUCAACUCCUACCUCACAAGCUGCCUACAAGCCUCUGUGCACAGGUCAGCCAGGGUCAGGGCGGGAUUAACAUGGGCGCGGAUUCAAUGCUAGACGUUUUUAGAGUUUAGAUAACUCGGUUUAAGGUUUUUUUUUUUUACAUGAUGAUGGAGGAUUUGUGUUUUUUUUUAGCUGCUACAGGAACAAAUAAUGGUCAGUUUCUGUGUUUUGCACACACUGUGUUUUUGUACAUUACAAUAGGCUUAGCUGAAAUACACAGAAACACUGUUAUGGAGUUGUCUGAGGAGCCGAGCUUGAUUGUUUUAAUGUUGUUUCAGCCCGGUCAGCUUUUUAGGGACAUUUUCAGGCACUAAUCGUUUUACUUCACAGAAACAUUGACGGUUUUAAAUUCAAUCUCCCCCGCAGACACAGACCAGUGCUUGAAAAGUGUUACGACAUCGAUCAUGUCAUGAAGGUCGGUAUUAUUUUCAGUGACCCUCAGCCACAAAUGCUAAUCUAAUUAAACAAAGUAGCCAACAUGGAAUCAAUUUACUGCGUCCCUACAGGCAAAGACCAUUCGAGAGUUUGAUGAGAGGUUCACCUCGAUCAUGUUUGGCUAUCCGACCAAUGACGACUACUACCAUGAUGCCAGUCCUGUCCACAGGCUCAAAUCUGUGCAGGUGCCAAUGCUGUGUUUGAAUGCUGCUGAUGAUGUCUUUUCUCCGUCCCAUGGUGAGUCCAGCAAAGCUUGACAGAGAUGUGGUACAUACUGAUUUUUAAAAAAAUCAGGGCCUAGUUUAAUGUUGCGUUUCCUUUGCAGCUAUUCCAGUGGAGACAGUGAAGCAGAAUCCCAACCUGGCUCUGCUCAUAACCUGUCACGGCGGCCAUAUUGGUUUCCUGGAGGGCCUGUGGCCUCGUCAGAGCACUUACAUGGACCGAGUCUUCAAACAGUUUGCUAAAGCGGUGAUUGAACAAGGCAGCCGACUCACGGACCUCUCCUGAUAUGAGAGUUCAACAACGUGUUCCUCUGGUCCUAACUUCCUCUCUCUUUCCUUCUUUUCUUGAAUCUUUUCUUCCAUUUAUGCCAUCCAUCUUUCUUUUAUUGCUACAUUCCAUAUUUACUCCGUCCAUGUAAGAUUCCUACCUUCCUAUGACCUUUUGAGCUUCUUUCAUACCUCCCUUUCAUACUUUUUUCCAUCAUUUGUGCCUUCCUCCUCUACCUGAUCCUUUUCUGCUUAUUUCCUUCCAUCCAUUGACUUUCGUUUUUAUCUUUCCUCUCAAUCUUUCCUCCUGCCACAAGCAAAAAAAAAACACUCUUUCUUGUUUGAAAGGCACAUUUUCUCGAAUGCAGCAUUGUAUUGUGUUGCGUUCAAAAUUCAUUUAUUUAUUCCAGACAGCUAACAGCUCAUUGUACGUAACCAUAGAAUGCUUUUAAAAAAAACAAACAAGCAAAGCUGUUCAUGUUACUGUUGAAAAGCUGAGUCUGUGCCCAUUUCGGUUAGUUGCAUUAGCUAUCAGAAAAAAAAAAAUCUGCUUUUAUCUUGUGCAAUUAUUUGAAGUUAACAGAAGUACUGUACAUGAAGAUCAAUCAUUUGUGUUCACGAAGCGUCUUUUAGUGCUCAUUUUAGUAGGAUUUUAGCCCUCAGGGAUUGUCUUUGUUUUCCUUUACCUCCUCCAGUCCUGUGUAGUUUCGUUGUUUGAGUCAUACUCUUUCAGUUUGUAUUUUUAUUUUGUUUAAAGGUAGACAGUAUUUAAGUUUGUUUCUUUUCUCAAAUGUUUUAAUGUUAUCAUGGGAAACACGCCUAACUGUUUGUCAUUUCUUUUUAUGUGGAGAGUUAGAUAAGAAGAUCAGCAACACUUAAAGGGGUAUUCUGGUGUGAAAUUAAUUUUAGGUCAAACGCACUGUAACACCGAGUUAGACUCCCCGUCAAGAGAUAAAUGUUACUGACUGCUUGCUUCUUUAGUUAUACCAACUUUAGUUAUGAUGGCAACAUAGCAAUACACAGAGGUUUAAGGAACCAUCAACAAACCUCAACCAAAACACCACUCUAUAGCAACAAAUAAUGCUCAGAACAGCACCUAACAUCAUCAACAGUACAUAUAGGGUCCCAGCCAUAGCACUAGCCACCAAACAGCUUUCUUAUUUUGCUUAAUUUCUAUAGCAAAGAGACUAAACACAACUCACCUACUCUCUUCCAGCAGCCGCUUGUUUGUAGCGAGACCUCGACCAGUCCGUCAUCGACUAAGGCGGGAAGGUGCAGCUCAAGGAAGAACAUUUAUGAUCAUUUCUUCAUGGAAAUGUGAUCAGACCGAGAUGCUAAGGCAGAAGAACUACCGUGUCUGCAGUGCAAAAUGAUUCAAAUUCAACUUUAUUUUUAUGGCACUUUUCAGACAAAUAAUGUAGUUCAAAGUGCUUCAUAUGGGCUAAAAACAACAAUUAACAACAAUAAAACCCGAACCUCCCACCCACACACCCACACACUCUAAAUUAAUUUUACGCCGGAAUAUCCCUUUAGUUGUUGUUAAUUAGCCUAGCUUAGCAUAAAGACUGGAAGCAAGGGGAAUCUGCUGGCUUGGCUCUGACUGAGAGUUUAACAAAAAUCCAGCCUGUUGAUGAUAGAAGGCUGAUUGGUUUACCUUUGGACAAAACUAAGCCAGCUGUUUCUCGUUGAUGCUAAUUAAGCUCCAAGAGUGAUGCUGAUCUUUUUAUUCAAAUGAGCGAAUGAGUGUAUUUCCCUCCAUGUCGAACCACUUCUUCUUUUUACCUUCUGCAUGCACUUUUACUUUCACACAUUCUACCUUUACGUGCACCAAAUAGUUUCUAAAAAUGUACAAUACAGAGAAAAAAAAUUCAUUAAUGACAAGGAAUGUGAAAUUGCACUAUUUUAGUUGAUACUAUCAUGCCUCUAACCCCUUAAUGCAACGCACAUUAUUUCAUCCAUAUAUGAAGGUAUGUCCCAAAGGCUGAGCAGAGCAGCAUGUAAAUUCCAUGAGGUUGUUUGUUUGUGAAGACGUCGGCGGUUCUUCGUGUGUGUCAGUCGAGAGAUGGUGAUGUGAAUGAAUAGUGUACAGUUCGGUGCUUUUGUUUCGCCAACAAUGAUUAAGGGACUGGCUACCGUGUAUGAGUUGGCACCUAUGAAACAAGCAGACGUGACUGUCAGCCCGGCUCUCGGUAACGCACCUGUGGAAUUUUGGUGUCUGUUUGUUCUGCCAAGUGUCCAUCGAGUAGCAUGUGUCUCAUCAUCAGCGUCAUCAUGUCCUCAACCUUAACAUCACGUCGUUAUUUGUAGCACAAAGGACAUGUUUGUUUCACUCAUAGGAUGCUGCAGUUUCAUUUUGUACACCGCUGUGUAAAGAUGAAGUAAAAGACUACAUUCUGUUUAACAUGUACAGCAAUAAGAUUUUAAAUGAAGAAAAUGUCUCUAUCGUAGAAGUAUACCAGUAUAUGCACAUUAUCAACAUGAGUGUACUAUGCUGUAUUUAAUAAAUUAUUAAACAGAGUCUAGGUCAAUUUGUGUGCUGUCUCCAGUGCUUCUGCUUGUCCAGCACUUUGUGAACAGAGUGGACUGACCGUGCACUGCAGGUAAGAAUAAUUCACCGCAACCGCCUUGUGUCAGCAGUUCACUCUCUUUCAAAGUCUUUCCUUUCCGUCUUUGUCUUUUUUCUAAGCCUCUCUCUUCCAUAUUCCCUCGCUUGUCUCUGUCUUUUCUUCCUGCCUGUCUUUUUCUUUAUCUCUGUUUUCUGUCUUUGUCUUUUUCCGCGGCCCUCACUUGUCAUCCCUCCCUGGCUCUUUGUCCUCACGCCUUUCAUCUGUCUUUUUCUGUCCAUCUUUUUAAAUUUUUUAUAGUCUUUUCAGUUUUUUGUCUUAGUUUUUUUUUUUUUUCUGUUUGUCCUUCUAUCUCCUCCAUCUUUUAAAGGUUCUCUUAACUGUCUUAACUUCAUAUCUCUUUGCAUUUAUGUCUUUCUUAUCUGCUUUUGUCUUUUUCUUUCUCUCUAUUCUUUUCUAUACCUUACUUUUGUCUUCCCUUGUUGUCAUUUUGAAUUGGUCUUUUCUGUAUUUCAGUCUCUUUAGGUUUCCCCCUCUAUAUUUUUGUCUCUGUCUGAUAUUUUGUCCCUUUUCUUUCCGUGUCUUUUACUUUAACUAUUAUCUCUGACUUUUCCCUGUAUAUUUACUUCCCUCCCCCCUUUUUAAAAUAUUGACAAUCCUUAGACAGCAGCUCAUCAGUCACCCGAGGUGUUCAGCUCUCUUUAAUGACUUCAUCUAAUGGCAGUGUCUUGCUCUUUAAAGUCACAACAUUUGACAGCUCCACUGCAUCUCUCUUGUCGCAUGGCCGACGUCCCCCUCUGCAAGGGUCAAGCUCCCACUCUCCUGCCAUCACUGUAUUGGGUUUUGGUUACUGGAAUUGACUCUCACUGCACACUCCCAGGCUAAGCUGCUGAUAGGAUAUGCAUUGCUGCAGCGGUGGUGGAUGUGAUCCACCAAAGGCAAACUGUAAUCCCCCGGCACUCCAUUUACCUUCACCCCAACCCCCUCCAAUAAGCCCUCAGACAGAUGAGCUUUGGUUUUAGCUGGAUGGUUUAUAGAAGCCUGAGAGUAAUUAGAGUAGUCUGCCAAGCAGGAUGAGUAAUUUACUGAGGGUUACCAGCUAUGAAAAUUGAUAUUAUGUGGCAGGAAUCAAUCUAUUAUCUGCUAAUAUGAGGAUUUUAACAGCAAAAUUAUCGUGAAUUCACAGACGUUUCUACAUGAUAGAAGGGGAUAAAAAGGAUUGGACUGUGGUGCAGUAAAAGUUUUAAUCAUAUCACUGUUUGAAAGUAGUUUAAUAGUAAGUAUGCAUUGCCUGAGGACUCUGUAAUGAGAGAAAUGUGUCAGAGGGAAUUAUCAGGAGACAUUUCUCAUCUUCCUUAAAAGGUUUUCUUGAAAUAUCAGAGUAACACAAACCCAGCAUUGAAAUCUGGUAGCAGAAAACUGACAAAUGUUUGACUUUAGGAUCUGAAAACUCUUUCUAAUCACGAAUUUUGUUCUCCAUUAGCAUCAUUGUUCUGCUUUAAAAACUGCAGCAGUAAUGAGGUUCGAGAGCCGGCCUGCCAUUCACUCUUUGGUGCCCUUUCUUCCUUAUCCUACCCUGACUGCAGCUGGCUGAAAAUAGCUUUGUGUUAUAUCACACAGGGGCUGUAGGUUGAUGGAAAGUGUGCUCUAAUAUUACCUCGCCGGAGCUGAAAUAGUACUGUCCCUGGACCAACAAUGCCCCUGUGCCCUUAUAGUGGAGAUCCCAAAGCAUCCAUUAAGGAGCCAUUUCUCCUCUUGAUGAUGGGGUGGGGGAGGGGGUCACGGUGCAUAUAGUCACAGCACGGUUACAGAGGUGUUGAUGUGAAACAAAUAUCAGGGACGGCUUGACUGGGAAAUGAGCAGGGUCCUUGGCUCUUGAGCAGAAUUAAAGGAUGUGGGAUUGGAUGGAUGCAGAGGGGAGUGAGAGGAUUAUCAAUCACAGGCUAAAGGCAGAGCUGCACAUGAAUUUCAACCACACUGCUUAAGCUUUGCAUUAAAGCACUUGCAACCCACUUUAAAAUACUCAGCAACUACAUGGAAAGCAAACCAAAAUAACGCAGAACUCAUCAUGCAAAUGAAAAUCAGAGCUUGCUCGUAAAGCCAGAAUUUUUUAGUUUUCACAAGCGGCCUUUGGAAACUGUUGUAUAAUGACUCCUGUGGCAGCAGAGGGGGCUUACUGAAGUUGGUAGAAAACAACCUGGAGGGCUCUCUUGGUCUGUGAUCGAAGUUUACAUUUUCAACAGUCACAGCUUUUAUUAUGCAUACAUACAGUCUCUUGUUUACUGCAGGAAAUUCAUUAUCAUUUGUAUGCUCUCCUGUUUAGUUGUAGCAUAUAGAGUUCAAAUAAAAUGCAGAUUAACUACAUGACAAAAUGUUCAUUUCCACUUUAACAUUCACAUCACCUUAUAGUGUCAAGAAGCUCACAGACAGUUUAUACCUUUUACUUCAGAUGCAAAUCAAAUCAGCGAUUUUCAGUGUCAGUACAUCUUCAGAAUCAAUGAUGGUCAAUGCAGUAUGUAAGGCUCAUCGGGAAUCACUUACAGGUAAGUAAGAGAGGCAGUUUGUUCAGUCAGCCAGAGUCAGUCUAUCAUUAGAUGGAUGGACCCACCAUUGGAUGACCACACAGAAAUUACAACAGUUGCACUUAACGCUGAUUGAAUGCACUAAGCCUCAUAGCUGCUGCCUAAGCCUUUGUUCACUGUUGACUCUGAAGGUUCACCGACUAUGAAUUAGUCACCGAUUUUAUUUGCAUCUUCAAUAAAAGGAAUAAACUGUCCGUGCGUUUCAGAACGUUUUUCGUCAUCUUCUUGACUUUAUAUGUCUUCCCCCGAGACAGCUGGGCAAAAUCGACUCCUAUCAAGCUGUAGUGCUGUGGAUCACUCAAGCUAGUCAUAUAAUAGUGUCAAGACUCUCAUUAAAAGAGCUGGUCUAGAUCAUACUUUUCAAGACUAACAUAAGAUGGGAGAAGACUGAGUCCCAUCCGUCAUGAUAUGUUCUGGUUUUUAGUUUUUUCCCUGGUUUUGUGUUUCUCUUGAGUGCAUUUCCUUUGUGAUUUGUCCUCGUGUUUCUGUUCCCUAUUGUUCCUGUUCCCCUGUAGUCCUGUCUUGUGAGUUUUCAGUUCGUGUCUAACCCCGGUUCCCUUAUGUUCUCAGUGUUUUAUUCUUACAUCAGUUUUCAGCAUUUCCUGUUUUAUUUUGUAGUAGCUUAUUCCCAAUGGCUGUGUCCGAAAUGGAUCCCUAAUCGCUAUAUAGGCGAUUAUAUAGAGGUUAGCUCCAUUUUGAGGGGUGUCCGAAACCUGAGCGAUCAGUUCCAGUGCGCUAUAUAGGUGACUCAAAAUUUCCCAUAAAGCAUUGCAAAAUGUAGUGACCAUCCGAUGGUCACUCACCGGUGGUGGGCCUCCCGUCAUGCAUUGCGUCUUGCCAUGUAGUGUCCGAAACUUCCAGUGAUUGAGCUCACUACAUAAUCAACUUUAUAGUAAAACCCCAUAUGGGGGUUAGGGGUCAGGGAUUGAGUGAUUCAUUUCAGACACAGCCUGUGUUUCUAGUCUUAUUUUCCUUCCUUAGUUUCCCCCCUCUGUGCUUGUCUGCACCUGUGUGUUAGUAUCUAUAUAGUAUAUAUAGUCCUUGUCUUCCCCUGUUUCUUUGUUGGUUCAUUGUGUAUGUUGAUGCCUCUGUGUGUAUACCUGUGUCUCCAGUGAGUCUAUUUUGCCUCGUGUUUUUUGCCUCUGGGAGUUUUUUUCUGUUGAACAUUUAAAGUAAGUUUUUGUUGUUUUUUAUUUAGUUCAUUUUGAAUAAAUCAUUUUUGUUCUGCACUUGGGUCCUUCCCUUUUUUUGUUGCACCCUGAAACGUUACACCAUCAUGUCAUUCCUUCUCCAACUACAUGAGAAUAACACUUUGCAGCGAUUAUCAACUUAUCAAACUUCCUCUCAACAGGCAGGAACUUUGAGCAGAACUUGACUCAUAUUAGACAGUCAUCUGCCACAAAUGCAGUAAGUUUAGAGAGGGGUCAGAACCAGACUUUCUCUCAUAAAAUGAACUGUAUCUAUGCAGGAUCACAUAUCUUCUUGAUUUCUACUUGAUAAUAUAAAGAUUUCAAACAAACGAUCAAGUUAGUUUAAAGGUAAUCUUUAUUACAUUCAUAAAUUUUCAUCAACAAUAGCAUGACUGAUGUCAUAUGUUCACAGGCUGCAACCACAAUAGUAAACAUGAGGUAGAUCACCCAGACACCACGGCCACCACUUGGCUGCACAUGGUCAUCAAACACACUUGAGUGGAGAUUGUGAAAGCAAGUUGCAUAUUAUGUGUUAAAUUAUCAAAAAGAAAGACACAUUCUUUGGACCUUUGGAGUUUAAGUUACACUUUUGAUCACCAGUCUUACAUGUGGACUAACUUUUGGUUUCAUUUAACAGUGGGAAACAAAUUAUUCAGCUGGCAACUUGUUUAGUGCAAGUUCACAUUUCCCGCCCCCCAUGACAUUCAGUAGAUCAUUAGUAUCAUUCAUUUUGGGUCUUGUGCAAAGCCGUUAUGGAUGUUCUUUGAAGAGGACACAUUCCCUUGUUUAAAGCGAGCUCAGCAUGCAAUCAAAUAUUACACAUCAAUAUGAUUAUCAGUCCAAAAAAUACUUGUCAAAUAAAUAAGAAUCCCCGUAUGGACUUGACUUCACUUUGAACAAAAACCCAACACAAGUACAAGAAGGGACAGACAUAUGGGGUAAAGACACAUCUAGGUAGAUUCUUCUUGCCUUUGCAAACAUCACAAAAAUGCAGAAAGACAUAAUGACCAAAAUAUACUGGCAAAAGUAACACAAGACUAGAAAACAUCAGUAACCAUCAGUGGUUCAGGGGACCAUAUAAUAUAUUAAUAAUGUAAACAAAGCUUUCAACAGUACAGUAGUCCAAAAAUCCAAUUAUUUCAUUUGCUCAACUCAAACAAC